UGUUUAUGUAACUUCAACAUUGUUUUUAGGUGUAUUUAUGGGCUUCGGUCUGAGCGGAGCAAUACCGUCCGUGCAUUAUCUAAUUGUGAACGGCUGGUUCGAAGCAGUCUACAGCGCUUCAUUUGGAUGGUUAUGUUUAAUGGGAUCACUUUACAUCUUGGGUGCUUUAUUAUAUGCACUUAGAUUACCAGAACGCUUCUUCCCUGGAAAAUGUGAUAUUUGGUUUCACAGUCAUCAGAUUUUUCACGUCCUGGUGAUCGCCGCAGCAUUUGUACACUAUCAUGGCAUAUCUGAAAUGGCAAUGUUCCGGCUGACCGUGGGAGACUGCAGCGCCAACACACUCGACCAGACCGUUGUGGACUGAAAUUCAGAAACCAAGAUUACUUGUCGUCUUUCCACUAACAAGUAUCAUACUUCAAAUAUAUUCUAGUUGAAUAUAUAAAAUUCCAGUUUGGGUGUGGCAAAGGAAUAACUCAAAUUGAACACGAGGAACCGACUUUACUCCAGUUUCUUUACUUUCUAAAAUUCUAUUUAGAAGCAUACGUGGACCAGAAGUGCCUUUGUGACAUCUUUGUGCUAAACAUAUACAAUAUUUAUUACUAGCGAUCUGCUUGUCGGAUGAUUUAUAAAAAAUGGAAAAAGGUUAUCGUAAUUUAUAAAUAUAGAUUUGGAAUGGAUGUAUUUGUCAAUAAAACAUACCAUGUUAA